AUGACGUCUAUAAAGGAGCAGGCAGCAAUUAGCAGGCUCCUGAGUUUUUUGCAGGAGUGGGACAAUGCUGGCAAAGCUGCAAGGAAUAACAUUCUUAAAAUUUUCAUUGAAUCCAAUCAAGGCAAGACUGCCCCUGAACUGGAGCAGGAAUUUUCCCAGGGAGCCAGCUUGUUCCUAGUGCGUUUGACCACCUGGCUCAGAAUCACCUACAUGACUGGCUUGUGCUUAGAAAAGAUUCUGAGGUCCAUUGGCAUCUUCUUGUCAGCUGUGAGCAGCAACCGGUACCUAGUAGAAUUUCUUGAGGUUGGAGGUGCCCUAACACUCUUGGAAAUCCUUGGGUUGGAGAAGAUCAAGGAAGAGGACAAGAAGGAAUCCAUCAAACUCCUUCAGAUUAUCGCAAACUCUGGCAGGAAGUACAAGGAGCUCAUUUGUGAAAGCUAUGGUGUACGAUCCAUAGCAGAAUUUCUUGCAAAGUCUAAGUCAGAAGAAACCCAGGAGGAAGUGCAGGUUCUGUUGGAUUCUUUGCUACAUGGAAACCCCAAGUACCAGAAUCAAGUAUAUAAAGGUCUAAUAGCUUUGCUGCCCUGCGUGUCUCCCAAAGCUCAGCAGCUGUCCCUGCAGACCCUCAGGACCGCCCAGGAAAUCAUUGGAACGACACACCCCAGCAUCGUGGACUGUGUGCUGAAGGUGCUGGGCACGAUGCAUCUGGAAGUUCAGUAUGAAGCAUUGUUUUUCCUCGAAAGCGCUGAGGACCUGUACAGGAAGAUCGAUAGCAUCCAGGCGGACAUCUUGGCAGCCAACAAGGUCAAUGUUACCAAAGCGUUACACUUCCACAGAGGCUCCAGCGGCCGCGACUUCACCUUUCUCCCCGACCUUGAUGAUUCCAAUCAGAUGGAAUACAUCACAGCCAUGGAAGAGGAAGGGAAGGUGGCCCCACAAGCCCCUCCAAAACACUAA